ACACACUAGGCCAGACCUUGAAAUUUCCACUCACCUGCUCGCUAAUGGUGAGUGGAAAUUAUGGUGGGGGCGAGUGUGUCCCCCAGGGCUGUCUUGCUGAGCAGGCUCAGAGCUCAGGCCGGAUCUGUCAUUGGCACUGGGAGCCGUCAGACUGCUCAAUAGCCGAGCGCAGUGAAAGCAAAGCAAGGAGUGUGUGCUGUGCUCUCUGCCUCCCCCUAGAGUGCAGCACCCGCUCUGUGAGUGAACAGCGAAGUACUGCAACUUUUUAUGUGCGUGUCUGUGUACGUACAUGUGUCUGUGCGUGUGUAUUUCUGUGUAUGUACAUGUAUCUGUGUGCAUGCGUGUCUGUACAUGCCUGUGUGUGUAUACGUGUGUGUGUGUGUACAUGUGUCUGUGCGUGUGUACGUACGUACGUACGUGUGUGUGUGUGUGUGUGUGUGUGUGUAUACAGGUGUCAGUUUGUGUGUUUGUUGGUG